AGGCUAAGGAUGGGCUGCGUGGGAGUGAAGACCAAGGAUCUUCAGGGAGGGGGUCCCGUGAGGGACUGUAAUCAGGUCAGGGCCCCGGGAGGGAGGGGGAGGGGGCGGGGGCCACUAGGCCUUUAGCUCCGGCCCCUACCCCCCAGGAAGCCGGGGAGUCGAGGCUGCAGGCGCCCGGCGUCCCUCUCCACGCGUGACAGCGCCCCGCGGGGAGGGAUCGGGCCCGGGGCGAGCAGCUUCCACGCUCCAGCCGGAGCCCGACGCGGCCUUGGCGUUGUCGGAGGGGAGGGGCCGGCCGCGGGGGAGGGGAGGCGCGCUCGCGCCGGCUCCUGCGCCCCGCCUCUGACCGCCGAGGCCGCAAGUGGGGAAACUGAGUCUCCCCGGAAGGAGGGACGUCUGGACGAGGGUUCGCUCAGAGACCCGGCUGCCGAGGGUGUCGAAGAAGGAGGGGUGUAGGGAGGUGUCCCCCGCUUGAGAAAGGUGCCAGGCUAGGGACUUCCAGCUGGGCCCGCGGUGCCGCGUACCCGAAGCGCCCCUCCCACCGGAGUCGAGCCGAAUCAAAUCCGGCCUCCUCGGGCUGGUUCGGCCUCGCAGCGGCUGGCCAGGCCGAACCGGGCCGGUCUCGCCCUCCGCGCACCCCCCGCAGGGGGCCUCCCUCCCUCCAGCAGGUGGCUCCGCGGGACACCAGCUCAACCUGUUGGACCACAAUGGGCGGCGCCAGGGGGCCCCGGCCCUCACCCGGGCUGACCCGGGAUCCCCGCGCCGGGGAGGGGCGGAGCGCCCCUCCCUCCCUCCCGUCCUCUCCCGGCGGUGACUCAGCCUCGGGGCCGCUGCCCUGCGCCCCAGCCAGGGGCGGAAAGUGUGAGGCGCCCCAGGCGGCUCAGGCCAAACCAAACAGCCCCCCACCCCAGACAUUAUCUCACUGGAGAAUUAGGGGGCUCUAGGAAGGAGGGGGCAGCAGCAGGCAUGGGGCGCUCGGGCUGGCGGGAUCCGCUCCGGGUUUUCCCAGCGUCCCUGUCCCCCUCGGGUCCCGGGGCUGGUCGCGGCUCCGGGUUUUCUUCUCGGCCCCACUGGACCGACGACGGUGUCCGCUGGGUGGGAGCGGGUGGAGUCCCGGCCGGGUUUCCCCCUUCCCUGUGCCGUCGGGGUCGCGCCUGCCGGGGAAGGGCCAUGCCAGAGGCCAGGGGCAGUGCAGAGGCACCGGGAGAGGGGCUGCUUCUGGGAGGUGGAGGGCGGGGACGGGCGGAAAAGCGGCCGGGCCUCCAGAGGGGAUGGAAGGGCGGCACCAGCCCGGAGACCGCGCCGGGCGUGGGCUGGACGCCACGGGCCUUCCUGCGGCCGGAGCGCCCUCCCCGCUUAGGGCCCCGCAGUCCGGUCUCCACCUCAGUCCUCUCUGGUACAAACAGCUCCCCUCCUCGGAGGAGAGAAGCCCGACUUGAAAUUCCCGCCCACCCCCAGCUCUGGGCCCCUACGGCGCCAAGCCCCGGAGCCUGCGGCGGCCGAGAAACGCCGACGGGGUGCCCGCCCCUCCCCGAAUCCAGCCCGCCUCGGCCGGGACCGAGGCUGGGAGCCGGGCGGUGUGGGGCUGCGGGGGACGGAGGAGCGCCCCAGGCCCGCAGUUCGGACCUCGGGGGAAGUAGCGGACAACAUGCCCGUGGCGGUGACCCAUGAGGGCCAGACUCGUGUCGGGCAGCAGGAGAUACAGUGGGCAGCGCAACAGAGUUGCGUGGCUGCCUCCGUCCCAGCCACCCCUGGGUCCUUCUCCUGGCUUGCUGGACCGAGAACUGGGGAGCAGAGCAGGUGCGGGGCCAGGCUCACCUCCGCACAGCGGCGUGGAAGAGAUGCAGCAGGGCGGUGCAGUCCUUGCCCCCGUUGAAGCCCAGGCAGAGCUGGGUGAGGUCGUAGCAGGCCAGGGCAGCCUCAACAGUCCGCAGGGCACUCGUUACCUUCUUCCCCAAGGAGGACCCUGCGUGUGUCGGGGAGAGGCGUCAGGUGGGUGCACAGGGGUGCCAGGGGCCAUGCUGUCCUGGAUGAGAGCCCUUCCGUCUCCCUGG